AUAUUCUACAGAUCUGUACCGAUGUAUGUGUAUCUGUUGUUAUUUCUAUUCGAUUCUUAUUCUGAUUCUUCCUUCUCACUUAACCGCCACGAACUCCACGAGCUAAAUUUCUCACUGGAUAUGUUUUUGUUUCACUCUCUCUUUCUACUCAUUCUUCUCUACGACUUCAGGAUCCAUAACUGACAAACAAUAUUCCAAUCGAUGGCGGCGGAUGAGGCGUGGUGUGUGGUCACCGGAGGCCGCGGCUUUGCCGCACGACAUUUAGUGGAAAUGCUAAUCCGAUUAAACACCUACUGCGUACGCAUCGCCGAUUUGGGACCCACCAUUGAACCCGAGCCCUCUGAACAAUUAGGCCUUCUCGGUCAAGCUCUACACUCCGGUCGUGCUCAAUACGUCUCCGUCGAUCUUCGCAAUAAGGCUCAACUCUUGAAAGCGUUUGAAGGAGUUGAAUCUGUGUUUCACAUGGCUGCUCCGAACUCUUCUAUUAAUAAUUACCAGUUACAUUAUUCAGUUAGUGUUGAAGGAACAAAGAAUGUUAUUGAAGCGUGUGUGGAGUUAAAAGUGAAGAGACUCAUUUAUACUAGUUCUCCUAGUGUUGUUUUUGACGGUGUUAACGCAGUUCAUAAUAGAAAUGAAUCAUUGCCUUAUCCACCUAAGCAUAACGAUCAUUACUCGGCAACUAAAGCGGAGGGUGAGGCGUUGGUUAUUAAGGCUAACGGGACUGGUGGACUACUAACUUGCUGCAUACGCCCUAGCAGUAUUUUUGGACCUGGUGAUAAACUCUUGGUACCGUCAUUGGUUGAUGCUGCCAGGGCGGGGAAAUCCAAGUUCAUUAUUGGUGAUGGCAAUAAUGUAUAUGAUUUCACAUAUGUUGAAAAUGUGGCGCACGGCCAUAUAUGUGCUGAUCGAGCUUUAGCUUCAGAGGGAAGCGUUUCCGAAAAAGCUGCAGGACAGGCAUACUUCAUCACAAAUAUGGAACCUAUAAAGUUUUGGGAAUUCAUGUCUUUGAUUUUGGAAGGUCUUGGAUAUCAAAGGCCAAGAAUAAAGAUCCCUGCAUUUGUUGUCAUGCCAAUUGCACAUUUGGUAGAGUUGAUAUAUAGGCUUCUUGGCCCAUAUGGGAUGAAGGUGCCUCAGCUAACCCCGUCAAGAAUAAGGCUCUUAUCUUGCACCAGAUCUUACGAUAGCUCAAAAGCAAAGGAUCGCCUUGGCUAUGUACCCGUUGUAACUCUACAGGAAGGCUUGCGGAUGACAAUUGAAUCAUACCCACAUUUGAGGGCUGAAAAUCAAGUUACGUCUAAAAGAGAAGGUCCCUCCAAAGCUUCUGUCUAUCUUGGAAGUGGAAGAGUUGCGGACACUUUACUUUGGAAGGAUAAAAAGCAAACUUUCACCACAUUGUUAGUCUUGAUAGCAAUAUAUGUCAACUUCAUUGCAUCUGAGAAUACCUUCAUUACUGCUCUUGCAAAGCUUCUAAUUUACUCAUCAAUCGGUUUAUUCGUUCAUGGCAUUUUUCCUGCAAAAAUAUUGGGGUACACUAUUGAGAAAAUGCCCCCAUCAUGGUUCCACUUAUCAGAAGAUAGGUCAAAUCGAAUUGCUCUCAGAGUAGCCUCAUCUUGGAAUUUUGCUGUGAGUGCUUUAAAAUCUAUUGCAGAAGGGAAUAAUUCGGUGUUGUUCUUCAAGGUUGUUUUCUCUAUGCUCGUUCUUAGCUUCCUGGGAGCAUUUUCACUUCAUAACUUGUAUACUAUAGGACUUACCUUAGCAUUUAUAGCUUUCUACGUUUAUGAAAAGAAGGAGGAAGACAUUGACAGCAUAGUUAUAAAAACACAUACUUUUGGGUGCAAGUUGAAAUCUGAUAUCACAAAGAAGUUUCUUACUUCAAGGAAGAUUGAUUGAUAGUUUUUUUCCUUCUUUCGAUUCUGGUUGGUAAAACUGAUUGAUAGCUUCUAGCCCUAGAUUUUUCUUAGAUGAGUGGGCUGAUGCAUCUUCAUUUACUCCACGUCCGAGUUCUUUGUAUCAUUGUACAAUUAUUGUAAUGUAAUUUGAAAUUUUGUAGCAACCUUUGAGUAGGUUGAUUCAAAACCUGUCAUAUAACUUUGCUCAUAAAUCAUAAUUUACUUUCAUAUUUCUUAGUAUCA